AUGCUGUGCACCGUACGAUCGGAACAGACAGAUAACAUAGCCCGCUUUGCGGGGUCUGGACGUAGAAGUGAGGAUCGUGCAACUAAAACACAACCCGUUCACUACCGCGGACGAAGCGGCGGAGAUGUACCGGGUACGCGUCGAAACGCGGCAACACUGUCCGUCCGUACCAACACCGUCCCCGCCGUUGGGGUCCCGUACCAGAGUCGCGAAACUCGACAGUGCGCAACCAGUGCGCGGGACAAACUCGAAGCCGAUCGACACGAGUUAGCACAACACUUGCAACAUCCGAGUCCCGUCGGGGGCCCGUACCGCGGUCGAGAAACUCGAACGGUGCGCGGAACAAACUCGAAGGCGAAGGACACGAAU